GAUGGCAGCGGCGGCCAAGCGGUCCGCGAGGCAUGUUCUCCGGUGCUGGCACGGUGGUGCGUGCCUUGCUCGCUCUGCUGCUUCCUUCUCCGCUGCGCGGGUGCGACAGACUUUCCUUCAGUUCUUCCAGGAGCGGUAUGGGCAUGAAGUGGUGCCCUCGGCCCCUGUGCGACCGCGGGGAGACCCCAGCCUGCACUUCGUCAACGCUGGCAUGAACCAGUUCAAACCCAUUUUCCUGGGCACAGCAGAUCCCAAGAGUAAACUGGCACAUUAUCGGCGAGUAGUGAACAGCCAGAAGUGUGUGCGGGCAGGCGGGAAGCACAAUGAUCUGGAAGAUGUGGGCCGAGAUGUUUAUCAUCACACGUUCUUUGAAAUGCUGGGGAACUGGUCCUUUGGAGAUUAUUUCAAAGAGGAAGCAUGCAGCAUGGCAUGGGAGCUCCUCACACAGGUCUAUGAGAUCCCAAAGGACCGUCUCUAUGUUACUUAUUUUGGAGGCGAUACAAAACUUGGGCUAACUGCAGAUGAAGAAUGCAGGGAAAUAUGGCUAAGUUUGGGGUAA